AUGGCCAAUCGCUCAGAUGUUACCGAGUUUGUCUUUGUCGGUUUCCCAGGACUUCCACAGAAGCUGUACCAUCUUGUUUCGGUUACAAUAUUCUUAGUCUACAAUAUGGCAUUGUUUGCAAACGGAAUCGUUAUAGUUCUGAUCAUUUUGAAGGAGCACCUCCACCAGCCGAUGUACGUCAUCAUUGGAAACCUCGCCCUUUCCGAUCUUCUUCUAGACACCAUGACCUUGCCCAAAGUCGUGGCCAAAUAUUGGUUCGGAGACGAUUCCAUCCCCUUCUCGGUUUGCUUCUUCCAGAUGUUUUUUGUCCAUUCCUUGGGGUCUCUCGAUUCCUUCAUUAUUAUGCUGAUGGCUAUUGACCGGUAUGUUGCCAUCUGCAAGCCGCUGAGAUAUUUUUCCAUUAUUAGCAACCCAUUGACUGUAAACAUAUGCUGUGUCUUCUGGUUCCUCGCAUCUGUUAUUGGACUGGCAAUUGCGAUUUUGGGAGCACAACUCCCUUACUGUGGACCUAACCGAAUCAAAAGCUAUUUCUGUUCUCUCACACCAGUUACUCUUUUGUCUUGCGCAAACUCGGCUUCUACCAGGCGUAUCACUUUUAUCAUUGCAAUGUUUGUGCAUCUGGUUCCGCUAUCUUUCAUUAUCUUCUCCUACGUCAUGAUAAUCAAGACGAUCCGUUCAUCGGCUCACGCUGGUAAUUGGCAGAAGGCCUUUUCCACCUGCACCACUCACUCCUUUGUCAUUGGAAUGUAUUACGUUCCCCGGCUUUUGGUCUACACCUACAACCAAAUCCAAGUGAUACCAAACGCUGAUUUAAAUGUUUUACUUAUUUGCCUCUAUACUUUCGUGCCACAUGUGGCCAGCCCUAUUGUAUAUUGUCUCAGAACUGAAGAGAUCAAGACAACUCUAGCAAACGCUUUCAAAAAGAUUAGGAGUUCACGUAAAAUAAAUCGGAAGUCAGAACCAUAGAAGUUGGAUCAGACCCGUCUUAGAUUCAGGGUAGCUUCAUGUCUAUUCCACGCAUGUUUAAAUUCCCUCGCUGUAUUAGCCUCUACCACUUCUGACGGGAGGCUGUUUCAUUACAGCUAACACGCAGGGAUCAGUUACUGUGACUCGAAAACCGUCUCUCACCCAGUAAAACUGGAAAAAAUAAAUCGUAUAGACGCACUGAUUUAUUUCAAUUUCUUUUUGUAUUUAAAUGUGUAUAGAUAAAAAUGAUUUGGUUUUGUGGACCCACAACCCUCAGCAAGGAUAACAAGAGUGAUGGGAGUUGUAGC